AUGGUCAAUCGCAAGACGACCGCCGCUAUCAGCGACGACGCGAAGCGGCCUGCCAAAAGGCUGAAACUGGAACAUGCUCCCGAGGCAGAUUCACCAGAUGACGCCGAACUUGCUCCCGCCGACCACGAACACCACAAAGCUACCGAUCUCGAGACCGCUCUCCCUCCCAUAGAUACCGACAAAGACGCCAUCAAAGCCUACGAAGCCACCCGCGCCACCGACUACUCCGAGUCUCAGAAAGAUCAGCCGAAAUGGAUACCUGGCCAGCGUUCAAUCUACGUCGACGCCUUCAAUCUUGCUCUGGACACUGUUCUCGAAGACGAGAGCCAUCUGUUCGAUGAUGCUGAAAAGAAGGUCUUUGACACUUGGCGUGAGCUGAACUACGAGGCACAAUAUCUCUACGUCCGUCUAUUCCUCCGCAAGACAUCCGCCUGGCAUCGCGUCAACCGUCUUGGCUACCACAGCGACAUCUCCGACCUGUUCAGAGCUGUCGAAACCUUGCAGAUCUCCUGCGACCUUCCGCCGCCCACUGUCGACUCACUCCCAGUGCCGCGCGACUUUGAUCAACCCGAGGACGCUUUGCUGGGUCACUCCUUCACCUUCGCUGACAAGUCUGAAGAACACAUUACCACGUUAGAGGAGGCGUCCUCGCUUCUCCUGCUAGACGAGCUAAAGUCACUUGCCAAAGACGCCAAGGUCCAAGGGAAGACGAAAAGAGAAUUGCUGAAAGCCCUGAACAAGGCAAGCGGGAAACAAGCUGGCCUAGGCUGGUCUUCGCUCAAGCGCUCCGACACGGAAGAAUCAGCUCUAUCUGUAGCCGAUGAUGACAGUCGAGAAGGCACUCCUCUACAGAACAGAGAUACGCACUUUCUCGACAAGAUCAUGGCAGAGACAGGUCCCUGUAUUCGACUGUCGGAUCCUGCACGAAGAUUGUUCGAGCGCGUUCAUCUCGUCUUCUAUCGUUCCACCAUGUGGACUGAGAAGUCUUUGACCACCAUCAUCCUCGCCAAGAUUUCACGCUUGAACUUCCCAGACUAUCUCGUGUGUCGCUCGUCCAACAUCUUCGCAUCUAGACCCAUGUUGCUCGAGUUUGAAGCUUCGCUGCGGAUACAGUACUAUCUCGACAGCGUUCUCGAGUUCGGUGGUACGCCAAGUAAAGAGAAUCUGGAUACGAUACUCGACCUCUGUGAUCAAAUUCUUCCGAGAUGGAGAACGAUACUGCAAGAGGAACAAGAAAAAGAAGACAGCAUUUACAUGACUGGCGAGGGUGCGUACUUGCGACGCCUUUCCCCAGCCUGGGUCUACACUCGUAUCAUCCACAAGGGUGCAUAUGUCAUGGGCAAAUUCAAAGAUCACAAGCGUGAGUACGAAACGUUACAAGAGCUACUCAAGCAGAAGCUCUUCCACACUUCCAGACGAGGUGAUUGGUAUCAGAGAAAGGCUCUUCUAGAAGAGCAUUACAUGCAUGCUCUAAUGCCCGAUCAGGGCCGUGGAGAAGAGGCUCAGAAGAAACACUGGAAACGUGUAUCGCUUCAGACAUGCGAGGAAGGUCUUCAAGACCGUCUCGUACACCUCAUGUACCAUCAUGAUCUUCAGAAACGAGUCAUGAAGUUGGAGAAGGCCCUUCGUGUGCCAAUGCGAGAGCAACAUGACUUCAGCCACGUUCGACUGGCCAAACCUGUAGAACGUUUUUUCCACGGUACGCGGAUACAAAGGCCUGACCAAGGUAACGAGACAAGGAGGGGAGGCAAGACCAUCUGGAUCGAUCCUGGCGAGAAUGAGAACGAAGGUGAAUGUUCUGUGGAAGCAAUGUGUCUUUCGCAAUACCGCUCCCUCGGCUACAGGGGAUAUCAUGCUGAAGGCGGCAUUGUACGGACUUUGUUCGCUUACCUCUUCUUUGACGUGCUUUUCGUCUACAUUCCGGAUGUGUUUCAGACGCCUUACCAGACAUGUCCAUUGGAUCUACACACGGAUGCAUUCUAUCCUUCGCGGAUCUCCGAGAUCAAUCAACGUCUGAACGAAAUCAAUAAUGGAGAGGCGCAGAAUCUGAUCCAACGAGUGUGGGAUGACCAUCACGAGAAGAACACAUGUGUCGUGGGGUUGAGUUGGUCAUAUGAGCUGGAAGAUCUCUUAUCCAUCGCUAAAUGCUUCCCUCCUGCGGCUCUGAGUACCGUGUGCAAAGUCAUGGCGCAGGAAUACGGACAGCGAGGAGGAGGCGUACCUGACCUCUUCCUGUGGAAAGAGAACCUUGACACAGAAGGUGGAGAGGUCAUGUUCGCAGAAGUGAAAAGUGAAAAUGAUCGUUUGAGCGACACACAACGCUUGUGGAUUGACGUGCUCACAGGCGCGGGUGUCACGGUGGAGUUGUGCAACGCUGUAGCCAAGGAAGUAAAGGUGGUUGGUUAG